GUUCAUAAUAAAGACGUCACCCUGUGCUUUGACCGUGCCAACCAAGUGCGCAGCUCGUAACUGUACAACUACAAUCUCGACAUGCUUACGGGCGACCGAGGACUCCUCGCAUGCCCUGCGCUCGCCCGCACAAACACUCUGGCCCCGAUAACCGCAGCGACUCUGUAGGCAGGACGGCGUUUUUCACCACAGGACGGGGUUUUUUUUGGGGGCACGCGGACUUCUUUGCUGCGUACUUGAAGCUGAAGCCGAUUCGUGGAGGGUUUUAAAAAAGGAGGAAGCGGUGAGUCUCAAGUCUAGUGAGGUCUGAUGAUGGAGGAGGCGUCAGGCCCUCGGUCCUGCACUGUGAAGCCCCCUCGAGAUCUGUUGGAAUGGAAGAAGAGAGUGAAGUCUGAGUACAUGAGGUUAAGACAAUUGAAACGCUUCCGCAAAGCUGAACAAGUCAAGGCUCUGUUCCAGUCAAAUCGCCAUAAGAUUGAAGUAAGAACUGAGCUGCUGAAUGAAGAAUGGUCCAAGCUCCGGAUCCAGUCCAUUCCUCUGUCCACAUCCAGCGGCUCUCUGCCCAGCAAAAAGUUGUGCAUGGUGGAGUUUGGCUUUCCGUCCUUUCCGAACCAGGCAGUUGCCAUGCGUCCCUUGACAACUGUUGCCGGGAUACCAUUCAUGUACUCCUGGUCCCCUCUGCAGCAGAACUUCAUGGUGGAGGAUGAGACGUUUCUGCAUAAUAUCCCUUACAUGGGAGACGAAGUGUUGGAACAGGACGAGGCUUUCUUGGAAGAGCUUAUUGACAAUUAUGACGGUGUGCAUGGAGAUAGAGAGGGAGGCUUCAUAAAUGAUGAGAUCUUUAAAGAGCUGGUGGAGGCGCUGAGCCAGUAUUCAGACCCAGAGGAGGAGGAGGAGGAGGAGGAAGAGCCCACAGACACAGCAGAGAAUAAGCAGGAGGAGGAGAAAGAGAUGCAGAAAAGUGCAGCGGAAGCACCAGAGGAGUCAAAGACAGCCUUCUUCAAGAGGAAGUGGAGGAACACUGCUGAAGGACGAGAGCUCUCCACCAAUAAGAAGAUUCCCCACGACAAGAUUUUCACUGCUAUUGCAUCAAUGUUUCCAUACAAAGGCACCAUGCAGGAGCUGAAGGACAAGUAUAUGGAUCUCCUGGAGCCAUCCAACCACGUAAAGCUGCCUCCUCUCUGCACACCCAACAUGGAUGGUCCUUUCGCCAAAUCUGUUCAGAGAGAGCAAAGCCUGCACUCUUUUCACACACUUUUCUGCCGCCGCUGCUUUAAAUAUGACUGCUUUCUGCACCCUUUCCAUUCAUCUCCUAAUGUAUAUAAGAGGAAGAGUAAAGAAAUCCAUAUGGAGACAGAGCCCUGUGGACUGGACUGCUUUUUGUUGCAGAAAGGAGCAAAAGAGUUUGCUGAUCAAAACAUGAUGAGGUCACAAAGGACCCGUCGUCGCCGGAGACAGCCCCGCCCCUCCAGUUCAUGUGGCCACACCCCAACAGACUCCGGUGAGAAGGGAAAAGAAGGAGGAAGCGACCACGAAACCACCAGCUCCUCAGAGGGCAACUCUCGAUGCCCCAGUCCCAUCAAACUGAAACCAGGGGAGGAAGAAGCAAAGGAGUCCGAGUCACCUCCUCAAUGGAGCGGAGCAGAGGAGUCUCUCUUCAGAGUCCUACAUGGCACAUACUACAACAACUUCUGCUCCAUUGCUCGACUCAUCGGCACCAAGACAUGCAGAGAGGUUUACGAGUUUGCUGUAAAAGAGGUGCUGAUUGAUCGCGUGCCGCUGGAGGACGGUGGGAUUUCACCUCAGAAGAAAAAACGAAAGCACAGAUUAUGGGCAAAGAUACAGCUGAAGAAAGACAACUCGUCCAAUCAAGUGUACAAUUAUCAGCCAUGUGACCACCCUGAGCACCCGUGUGACAGCUCCUGCCCAUGUGUGAUCACACAAAACUUCUGUGAGAAAUUCUGCCAGUGUGAUCGCGAGUGUCAGAAUCGGUUUCCUGGUUGUCGCUGCAAGACUCAAUGUAACACCAAGCAGUGCCCGUGUUACCUGGCAGUGCGGGAGUGUGACCCUGACCUCUGCAUGACCUGUGGGGCCGCAGACCACUGGGACAGCAAACAGGUGUCCUGCAAAAACUGCAGCAUCCAGAGAGGACUCAAGAAGCACCUGCUCCUGGCACCAUCUGAUGUUGCAGGGUGGGGUACAUUUAUCAAAGAGCCGGUCCAGAAAAACGAGUUCAUCUCUGAGUACUGUGGAGAGCUUAUUUCCCAGGAUGAAGCAGACAGGAGGGGCAGAAUAUAUGACAAGUACAUGUCCAGCUUUCUGUUCAACUUGAACAAUGACUUUGUAGUGGAUGCCACUAGAAAAGGGAAUAAAAUACGUUUUGCCAACCACUCUGUCAACCCAAACUGUUACGCAAAAGUUGUCAUGGUUAAUGGUGAUCAUCGUAUCGGAAUCUUCGCCAAGCGAGCCAUACAGCAAGGAGAAGAGCUCUUUUUUGAUUACAGGUACAGUCAAGCAGAUGCACUGAAGUAUGUGGGUAUUGAGAGGGAAAUCGAAAUUGUGUAGAAAUGCCUACUUUGAGUAUGUCUGAUAACAUUUCUGACUACCCACAAUACUUUGCACUUCACCAAGGGUGAGAUUUAAGAAUUCCCAUGGGGACUGGUUGUAAUGACAUCAGAUUGAUCUGAUGAUGUGGUCACUACCUUAACCUGUGGUUAACCGAAUUGUCUGAACAAGCGUUUUUGUUUACUUUUUUUUGAUGACAAUUGCAAUGACUUGAAGAAACCAAAAGGUGUCCUCAAAUUUACAGAUCAACUCCUCCAUUUGCACUAUAUGGCCAAUACCACAGGAUACUGAUAGACGGCACCAUUUUCACGGAAGGAAGAAUGCCAGUUCAGACAAUUUUCUUUUUUUUUAAUUAUUAUUAUUACAGUGUGUUCAUUCAGAAGGCUCUGUACACAACUUUUAAAAUAGCUAUAACCUCUAUAUGCUCAGUAUAUACUGUAUCUGCAAACUUAACGCAUCCCACCUAGCAGUCAUUGUUGUUUCUGGUCAAAGAUUUCUGUUAUUCAAGACAUCCAGCAAUAUUUCAUAGUUACAUUUGCACUUAGUCAGUCGGGUCAAUAUCUUCAAGCGCCGUAAACUUGUCUGCAACCUGGUGUCAUUUGAUGUUAGCCUGUUACUAUAAUGUACAUUGCAAUAUCUAUCUAUCUAUCUAUCUAUCUAUCUAUCUAUCUAUCUAUCUAUCUAUCUAUCUAUCUAUCUAUCUAUCUAUCUAUCUAUCUAUCUAUCUAUCUAUCUAUCUAUCUAUCUAUCUAUCUAUCUAUCUAUCUAUCUCUAUCUAUCUCUAUCUAUCUAUCUAUCUAUCUCUAUCUAUCUAUCUAAAGCUGCUUGCUGUAUUGCACAAAGCUGGCUCUUGUUGUCAGAAAUUAGCAUUCUAGCUAACUUAGCACUAAGGAAGUUAAUCUUCAUCUCUGCUUAAACUGUAUGAGGUCAAAUAUUGUUAAUGUUCUGUAGAAAUAAACAAAACAAGUAACCAUGUAAACCGACAGACUGAAUGUGAACUGUGAGCUAAAAAGUCGAUUAAAGGACAUUGUUUAGACAUUGUUUGUUUUAAGAGUGAGUGUACAAAUUAGGCCUUACAAGGGCUAGGGUUUGGGUUAUACUGUCACAUGUACCAUUUUAUGUAAAAUAAAGAGCUAAAACCAAA